AUGAGGGGACCCCGGACAUCAUGGGGCUUUAAGUUAGUGUGUCUGCCGCUGGUCGUUGUGGUGAUGUGCUGCGCGCAGAGCGUCAACGAGCCGGGUAACAUGUCUUUUGUCAAAGAAACUGUGGACAAACUGCUAAAAGGAUAUGAUAUCCGUCUCCGGCCGGACUUCGGAGGUCGACCGGUUGCUGUUGGCAUGAGUAUAGACGUGGCGAGUAUAGACAUGGUGUCAGAAGUCAAUAUGGACUACACAUUGACCAUGUACUUCCAGCAGUAUUGGAGAGAUAAGAGACUGGCCUAUGUGGGGAUCCCUCUGAACCUGACCCUGGACAACAGAGUGGCAGACCAGCUCUGGGUCCCCGACACAUACUUCCUCAAUGACAAGAAGUCUUUUGUUCACGGUGUCACUGUGAAGAACCGGAUGAUUCGACUACACCCGGACGGCACUGUUCUCUACGGCCUCAGAAUCACGACAACAGCAGCCUGCAUGAUGGAUCUGAGGAGAUAUCCGCUGGACGAACAGAACUGCACUCUGGAAAUUGAGAGUUACGGAUACACGACAGAUGACAUCGAGUUUUACUGGAAAGGAGGAGACACGGCUGUGACCGGGGUGACACGCAUCGAGCUCCCCCAGUUCUCCAUAGUGGACUACAAACUGGUUUCCAGGAACGUUGUCUUUUCCACCGGUGCCUACCCUCGACUUUCUCUAAGCUUCAAGCUGAAGCGAAACAUCGGAUACUUCAUCCUGCAGACGUACAUGCCCUCCAUACUCAUCACCAUCUUAUCCUGGGUGUCGUUCUGGAUAAAUUAUGACGCCUCAGCUGCCAGAGUUGCAUUAGGGAUCACCACUGUCCUGACCAUGACAACCAUCAACACUCAUUUGAGAGAGACUCUACCGAAGAUCCCCUACGUCAAAGCCAUCGACAUGUACCUGAUGGGCUGCUUCGUGUUCGUCUUCCUGGCUCUGCUGGAGUACGCCUUCGUCAACUACAUCUUCUUUGGACGAGGUCCUCAGAUGCAGAAGAAACUGGCUGAGAAGGCACUGAAGGCCAACAACGAGCGGGAAAAGUUUGAUAGACCCAAGUCCUUUCAGGAAGGAGGCAAUUGCAAGUCCUCGUCUCUUAAAAUGUCCAAUCAGGUACAAGGGCGUCGUCACUCACGACGGGUCGACACCCCGGGGAACAUUUUGCUGACAACCUUGGAGAUACACAACGAGGUGGGAGAGAACGAGAUCACCACCACCGUGACCGAGACCCACAACUCCUCCUCCUCCACCCUGUACGACAACUCGGGGGUCCUGUACAGGAAGCCGAGCAAGCAGGGCGAGUCAGCACGCUCCAGCGUGGACAGGAAUGCAUUUCCAAGGAAAUCACGACUGCGGAGACGAUCCUCACAGCUGAAAAUCAAAAUCCCAGACCUCACUGAUGUGAAUGCCAUCGACAGAUGGUCACGGAUUAUAUUCCCCUUCUCCUUCUCCCUCUUCAACGUAAUCUACUGGCUUUACUACGUCAAUUAAUACACGGAUGAUGAUGUUUGUUAAACCCAUUUCUGUCCUCUUCUUGUUUUUGCAUGAAAGGACGCUUCUUUAUUCUCUAAGGAUCAUCCUUAGGAACUUUUUUAAAUCACACGAGUGAGGACUGAUCACAGAUGUGUCACUCAGACUGUGUGCAUCUUUGUAUGUACAGAAACAAGGAACAUUGAUUUUACAAAGACUUCAAUGUACUUUAAAAGACUGACUGAAGUCCCAUGAAGACAAGGGGCACCAC